AUCCUCCUUCCCUCUGUCGUCCUGCUCCUCUUCCCGGCAGCCCUAGCGCCUUUCCCGGCGCUCCUCAAGAUGGCGGCCGACAGUGAGCCCGAGUCCGAGGUAUUUGAGAUCACGGACUUCACUACUGCCUCGGAAUGGGAAAGGUUUAUUUCCAAAGUUGAAGAAGUCUUAAAUGAUUGGAAACUGAUUGGAAACUCUUUGGGAAAGCCACUUGAAAAGAAGGAGGAUUAUAUUUUACAUGAUAGGCCAUUUAAGAUGAAAUUAAAUUCUGGUAAAGAACAUGUUAUAAAAUUUUGCCUUAAAAUGAACAUACUAAUUUUUUCACUAUUAAAUGUUUUUGUAGAUGUUAUUCCACAAUCUAUGCAAGAUUUGUUGUGUAUGAAUAAUGACUUUCCUCCAAGAGCACAUUGCCUGGUAAGAUGGUAUGGACUGCGGGAGUUUGUGGUGAUUGCCCCUGCUGCAAACCAUGAUGCAGUUCUCAGUGAAUCUAAGUGCAAUCUUCUUCUGAGUUCUGUGUCUAUUGCUUUGGGAAACACUGGCUGCCAGGUGCCACUCUUUGUGCAAAUUCAUCACAAAUGGCGAAGAAUGUAUGUGGGAGAAUGUCAGGGUCAUGGUGUCCGAACUGAUUUUGAAAUGGUUCAUCUUCGGAAAGUGCCAAAUCAGUACACUCAUUUAUCAGGUCUGCUGGAUAUCUUCAAAUCAAAGAUUGGAUGUCCUUUAACUCCUUUGCCUCCAGUUAGUAUUGCUAUUCGCUUUACGUAUGUACUUCAGGAUUGGCAGCAGUAUUUUUGGCCUCAGCAACCUCCAGAUAUAGAUGCCCUUGUAGGAGGGGAAGUUGGAGGCCUGGAGUUUGGCAAAUUACCAUUUGGUGCCUGUGAAGAUCCUAUAAGUGAACUCCAUUUAGCAACUACAUGGCCUCACCUGACAGAAGGUAUCAUUGUGGAUAAUGAUGUUUAUUCUUUCUAUGUAGGUGAUUUUGUCACUGAAUUCUUUAAAAUUUGCCGUCGAAAGGAGUCAACUGAUGAAAUUCUUGGACGAUCCACAUUUGAGGAAGAAGGGAGAGAAAUUGCUGAUAUAACUCAUGCUUUGUCAAAGUUGACAGAGCCAGCACCGGUUCCAAUUCAUAAAUUAUCAGUUUCAAAUAUGGUACACAGUGCAAAGAAGAAAAUACGAAAACACAGAGGUGUAGAAGAGUCACCACUGAAUAAUGAUGUCCUCAAUACUAUUCUCUUGUUCUUAUUCCCUGAUGCUGCUUCUGAGAAACCAUUAGAUGGAAGUUCUUCCACAGACAACAAUAAUCCUGUAUCAGAGAGUGAAGAUUAUAAUCUCUACAAUCAGUUCAAAUCUGCACCAUCUGACAGUUUAACAUACAAAUUGGCUUUGUGUCUUUGUAUGAUCAAUUUCUAUCAUGGAGGAUUAAAAGGAGUGGCACAUCUCUGGCAGGAAUUUGUUCUUGAAAUGCGUUUCAGAUGGGAAAACAACUUUCUGAUUCCAGGAUUAGCAAGUGGACCCCCAGAUCUAAGAUGUUGUUUACUACAUCAGAAACUACAGAUGUUAAAUUGUUGUAUUGAAAGAAAGAAGGCUCGUGAUGAGGGGAGAAAGACAAAUACUUCAGAUAUGUAUCCAGGGGAUGCUGGAAGAGCUGGAGACCAGCUGGGGCCAGAUAAUCUAAAAGAUAUGGAUAAGGAAAAGGGAGAGGUAGGAAAAUCUUGGGAUUCUUGGAGUGACAGUGAAGAAGAAUUUUUUGAAUGCCUAAGUGAUACUGAAGAAUUUAAGGGAAACGGACAAGAGAGUAACAAGAAAGGAGGACCUAAGGAGAUGACAAGCUUAAAACCAGAGGGACGAUUAUAUCAGCAUGGAAAACUCACACUGCUACAUAAUGGAGAACCUCUCUACAUUCCAGUGACCCAGGAACCAGCGCCUAUGACAGAAGAUCUGCUAGAAGAGCAGUCGGAGGUUCUAGCUAAAUUAGGUACAUCAGCAGAAGGGGCUCACCUCCGAGCACGCAUGCAGAGUGCCUGUCUGCUUUCAGAUAUGGAAUCUUUUAAGGCAGCUAAUCCAGGUUGUUUUCUGGAAGAUUUUGUGAGGUGGUACUCACCCCGGGAUUAUAUUGAAGAGGAGGUCAUUGACGAAAAGGGCAACAUGGUUCUGAAAGGAGAACUGAGUGCCCGAAUGAAGAUUCCAAGCAAUAUGUGGGUAGAAGCCUGGGAAACAGCUAAGCCAAUUCCUGCUAGGAGGCAAAGGAGACUUUUUGAUGAUACACGGGAAGCAGAAAAGGUGCUGCACUAUCUGGCCGUACAGAAACCUGCAGACCUCGCUCGACACCUGUUACCUUGUGUAAUUCACGCAGCUGUACUCAAGGUAAAGGAAGAAGAAAAUCUGGAAAACAUUUCUUCAGUUAAGAAGAUUAUAAAGCAGAUAAUAACCCAUUCCAGUAAAGUUUUGCACUUCCCCAAUCCAGAAGACAAGAAAUUGGAAGAAAUCAUCCAUCAAAUUACUAAUGUAGAAGCUAUAAUUGCCAGAGCCCGCUCACUGAAAGCCAAGUUUGGAACUGAGAAAUGUGAACAAGAGGAGGAAAAAGAAGAUCUUGAAAGGUUUGUGAGUUGCCUUUUGGAGCAGCCUGAAGUGUUAGUCGUGGGUGCAGGAAGAGGCCAUGCUGGCAGAAUCAUUCACAAGCUGUUCGUGAAUGCUCACAGGCUGACUGAAUCUUCUGAUGAGGCUGCAGCCAUGGCUCCACCGGAGGAGGAACUGAAGCGAAUGGGCUCUCCAGAAGAGAGAAGGCAGAACUCCGUGUCAGACUUCCCACCCCCUGCUGGCCGGGAACUCAUUUUGCGCACCACCGUGCCACGCCCGGCUCCGUACUCCCGGGCUCUGCCUCAGCGCAUGUACAGUGUUCUCACCAAAGAGGAUUUCAGACUUGCAGGUGCCUUUUCAUCAGAUACCUCCUUCUUCUAAUUCUUCUAGAGCCGCCUCAUUUAUGGCUUCAGAGACCAUGCUGACCCCUUCUGAGGGAGGGAGGUUGUGCCAGUCAGAACUUGAGAGGCUGUGAAGAGGACCUGUCCAGUCCAAUGAUCAGGAAUCAUACCAGCAUCUGAAAGACUUUCCAGCACCAUGCUUGGGCUCUGUUGUAUCUUGGUUGGGUCAGAGAGAAUGGGCUUGAGCUGUUGAAAGAUUUGUUUCUCCAAAGAAAUGGCCCUUGUUUGACCAGGGGUCAGGGGCAGGAGGUGGGGCAUGUGCAGGGACCAGAAGAACAGCAGGAGCUCUCUGUACUCGCUCCAGUGGGAUUGUGCUCAUUUAUUCUUUCCUGUGACUAUCCUGUAGGCUAUUGCCUUGCAUUCAUAGUCUGUGUAAACACACUUGUUAUAUUUGUUAGUAUCAGGUAUGCAAGACAGAGUGUCUGUUAACUGAGAUUUCUGGAUAUUUUGCUGGUAGCUGCUUUUCCCAGAAUCUGUGUUUUUGAAAUACUAAAUGACAUUCUGUUUAUUCAAUCAUCUAGUGGCCAUCUUGAUUGUACUAAUUAACUUUUGAUGAGUAUUUUGAAUAUUCUAGGAGAAAACUCAGAAUUUCACAUAGUUUAUGUGUUUUUCCAUGUAACUAUGAUCUAAAUGUAUUCCUUCUGAUAAAACUAUGUAUUAAAUGUCACUGCAAAUUAGUUUUGUAUCUUAUCUUGUAAGGUUUGUUUCUCUUACUUUGUUUUUGGUUGCCAGUAAGAUAUCACCCUGCAAACUGUUCUCUUCUCCUGCUGUACAGCGUGCAUUCCUUUUUUUGUGAUUGCUGGCUAGAUACUAUAUUUAAUGGAGUAGAGAUGAGCACAUGCUACAAAUAUAGCUUUGGAACAUAGAGAUUAUCAUGCACUUAGUAUAAUUUGGUAUAUGUGCUAAUGUAAUGAAUACAAGAUUAUUUCAGUGAACUCUUUUGCUUUUGUGUUUUAGCUAAAAUGAAAAUAAUUGAUGCAGAUAUAUAGCACCCAGCAUAAGGAUAAUAGCAGCAUAUUUCUAGUUAUGUGGUGAUCAAGAUUUAUUAAAUCUGUAUUGCUAUAUGGCCUCUGUUCAGUAAUCUGAAGUCUAUUUUUAGGCCUAAAAUUCUCAUUUUAAUCCAAAGCAAAAAAUGGUUAUACUGAAGCAUAGACCUUGCCUAUGUAAUUUAAAGAAUUCAAAGAGCUGUGUAAGCCCUAUUAUAUUAUUUUUGUAAAAAAAAAAAAAAGUAUGUGUGUACAUAUAUAUGUAUAUAUGCAGUAGGGGAGCCCUGGUUGGUGACCUCCCAGCCUUCACAGUGCUUCUCUCUGAGAUGCUGGACUUGAUUGCUGCUGGUAAACCAUACAGAUGCAGGCCUGAGUACUGAGCGCUGUACCAAGUAGAAAAUGUAUCCUUCAAGGACAGGAUUUGUCUGUUUUCCAAUGAGGAAGUUAAUAGCAAAGAAACGUUUUUCAAAGAGAAGUUGGACUUUAAAAUAGCAUUGUGAAUCUAAUAAAAAGGAAAGUCUUGCUUUCUCUGA